GGGUGUGUGCAUUAUACCUGGCUUUUCACUCUGCUUGCAUCGAGUGCAUUCUUUCACGCAUUAAUAGGGUUGGAUCCCGUUCAUUUAGGGAAGCGAAAAAGGGAUUUGCUCCUACGAAUUUCAUGAUCAUUUCGGCGUCGGUGGAUAUUCUGUGGGAAUCUGUCUGGAUUAUAGGAUGCUAAGAGUUUUGUAAGCAAAGCCCCCCAGGAUGAGUGUGACAUCAUGGUUCCUGGUCAGCAGCUGUGGCACUCGGCACCGCCUCCCUCGAGAGAUGAUCUUCGUGGGCCGGGAGGACUGUGAACUCAUGCUGCAGUCCCGCAGUGUCGACAAGCAGCAUGCGGUAAUCAACUAUGACUUGGCCACAGAUGAGCAUCUUGUGAAGGACCUGGGAAGCCUGAAUGGGACCUUUGUGAACGAUUUAAGAAUUCCAGACCAGACCUACAUAACCCUAAAACUGAACGAUGUGAUACGGUUUGGAUAUGAUGCACAUGUUUAUUUGCUGGAAAGGAGUCAACACAGAGUUCCUGAAGAGGCGUUAAGGCACGAGAAGUACACUAGCCAGCUUCAAAUGAACAUCAAGGCCCCUGAUAAGAAGAAAGCAGAGCAGACUGGUGAAACGGAGGGCGGGACGGAGUCCCCCAGGGCUAAAAUGGAGAAGGGGGACCCCAAAGGACUGCCAGAGACUACCACAUCCCGGCCCACGCCUCUCUAUGGCCAGCCAUCGUGGUGGGGAGAAGACGACGCUGGAAACAAAGUGCCGCCAGCAGAUGGGACACUACCAGAGGAAAUACAGUCCGAGGGCCCAAAAGAGACAGCCAGACUUGACCCAGAAAUCAAUGGGACCAUUGCAGAUUACCAGGACUCCCAGGGUAAGUCUGUCUACUCCUACCACCGUGAGCCCAGCUACUUCGAAAUCCCCACCAAGGAGUUCCAGCAGCACCACCACAAGUCCCCAGAGGCCGAGGUGCACGAGAUCCCCACCAAGGACACCGACACCACCACCUCCCCUGUCCCAGCCACUACGCCCCCUGUCGUCCAGAGCCACGCCUCGUUCACCAUCGAGUUUGACAGUUGCACCCCCGGCAAGAUAAAGAUCAGGGACCACGUCACCAAGUUCUCCUUGCGCCAGCGGCAGUUUGGCAAGGACCUGGCGGCAGCCUCCACCGAGAUGAUGUCAGCGGAGAGCAAGGUGGCCGACUGGCUGGUCCACAACGACCCCAGCAUGAUGAGGAAGAAGCCCCCCUGCGACGAUGUGUACAGCACCAAGAGCGACCUGCCCGUUUACAUCAAGACGCUUCAAGUCAACAGACAUGAAGACGGGACCCAGAGUGACUCGGAGGACCCCAUCCUGUCAGAGAAGCCCAAAAAGCAGGCCACUCCCGAGGAGGAACCGCUUCAUUCGCCCCCCGAGUCUCACUCUUCUCUCCAGAGCCAAACCAAACUGGAAACCCAGGAGUCGCUCAACCAGCAGGCCUUCGUCAUAGAGUUCUUGGAUGACACUCCCCGCAAGAAGAGGUCGCAGUCGUUCACCCACAAUUCCGUGAAUGGUGAUUCCUACUCCGCCCUCAAAGCCAAGCUGGAAAAACGCAAAGUGGCCGCAGCCACGAUGCAACACACGAGCGGGCCAGUGAAGAGCGCUGCAGGCCCCCAAAGGUCCAGCUCACUCAAACGGGAGAAGACAGAAGACCAUCUCAGCUCGGGCUCCUCCUUGUUCUCGUCGCGAACGCCGGUGACAGUGAAGCCCUUUGGCAGCGUGGGGAAGAAGUCCAAGCUGGCCCAGGACUUUGCGGCAGAGUUCUUGAAAGCUCAAAGUGCCACCGCUCUGGCCAUGGCUACCCCCUCCCCUGAAAAACCAAUCCCUCAGCCUGUAUCUGCUCCUCCAGUGAUGGAGUCUGCUCCUCCCCAAAUUCCAACUCCCCCUCACUCUCAGCCUGUCUCCCCGUUUUUGACGGUUGCACCCCUGGCUGCCCCUCUUGCAUUUCCCCGUGCAGUCCGGGCCCUGGACAUAAAACCAGGAAAACUGGGCCGGAACGAGGAGGAUGACAGUCUGAGUGACGCAGGGACCUACACCAUCGAAACGGAAACACAGGACAAAGAGGUGGCGGAAGCUCGGAACAUGAUCGACCAGGUGUUUGGUGUUCUCGACUCCCCUGAGUACACUGGAGUAUAUAGGCCUGUGAUUAAUAAUGACAGGGAAGAACAUAAUAGCUAUCGUCAUAGAAAAAGUAGUACUGUGGAUCAAAAGGAAACUCCAUUGCAGGGGUAUAACCCAGCAGUCAUUACUGGCCCACAGAUUGAAGGCAGCGAACAGGCUCGACACAUAGGGCCGGUUCCUCCAGGAGGGCCGAAGUGGGUAUCCAGGUGGGCCAGUCUGGCAGACAGCUAUGGCAACUCUGGACCCGCCAGCGGCUUGGAUGAUCUGCAGCAGCACGGGGUUGUUACAGACAGAGGUAGGAGAAUCGGUCACCCGCCCGUAAUGAGUAGGAGCGCAGAACAUACAGAAUCAGACAGUACCCAGUCUGCAAGAACAAGACGACUCCUUCCUCAAGUUCCACCUGCAGAAAAGUUUGAAAGCCCCACACCCAGUGUUGUAAUUCGGCCGGACCCUUAUCUCAGCUACGAGGUUCCUGAAAGAGGGAGUGGAACACCGCGGCAGCAGGAAUCAGCCCAGAGGCUGUGUGUUCAGGAUGACCUGGAUCCUGACAGCCUGAGCGAUGCAAGCAAGUCAGAUGAUGGUUCUGCAGUGCAGAAGAAUAAGAAACACAGAACUGGGAGGGGCGUUGACAAAACUCAACCAGAAAAGCUGUGGACUGAUAACACCAAUGUUCAGAGACUAGAAGAAAAACCUGCGGUGACAGAAACGAGAGCCACCUCUUUCUACAUCGGGUCUGAAGAGACGCCUUCAAAGCAGACCUCUGGGCAUGGCCACACUGUGUCUCGAGCCAAGAGGGAGCCCGAAGUCUCAUCCAAGCCUGCCAGUUCAACCGUUUUUGGGAAACAUUUGGCACACCUGGAUGCCAAAGAAACAGGGAAACAGUCUGUCUUGGUCCAUUCGCAAGAGAAAGAAGCUGUGCCUGCAAAAGAAUCUUCUACUUCUUUUGUCAGACAGGAAAGCUUCACCAAAGACAGACCUAGCGAUGAUAUUCCAGUAAACAAGCUCCCGCAUAUUUCUAGCCAUCCAGCUCUGAAAGAUCUUGAUGUUAGGCACGCCUACGGUACAGACUGCAGCCAGGACACGCAGGUGUUUCUCAAGGACACUGAAAAUGCACUAGCAGCUUUGGAGGCAAAGUUCCAUUCUCAUGGACCCCACCGAAGCCAGAAAUCUGAAUCAUCCGUAACCCAGAUGGAAGACUCUUUGUCUGGUGAAUCUGAUGUUGACACAGCCAGUACAGUCAGCCAUGUCAGCAGCAAAAAAAACACUGUCAGCGCCAUGCCGCAAAAGAGGUAUAUCAACAGUCUCCAAAAAGAGAAGUCCUCUUCGACGCCUUCCAUACAGGAUCAGUAUGGCCAAACCAGCGCUCGCGAGAGACUCUCUGAAAAGCGCAGGACGCAAGUGUCGGAGGGAGGGACCAAAGCAGACUCGACCAAGCGGUUCCAGCUGAGGCGUAGCACUGGGAACCGGGGCUCCUUGGACUUUACAGAAGAGGUCCGUAGCACCAGCCUCCCAUACUGGCCAGAUUCCUUCUCUUCGGACCAUGAAUCGAGUUCCCGUCCAACAAUGAGGAAGAAGCUUAUCGCCCAGCCCCAGAAGGAAGACCCUAGCAAAGUCCCCAAGUCCGUGCUCUACCAGACCCUCACCCGUUCAAACAGCUUGUCAGCACCUAGGCCUACCAGGGCAUCCAUGUUGCGCAGGGCCCGCCUGGGAGAGGCUUCUGAUAACGAGAGUACCGAAACCGACCGCAUGUCUCUGAACUCGGAUGCCUCUGGUCCUUCCAAACCUCAGGCGGACAGCAAGAAACUCUCUCGGCUGGACCUCUUGGCCAUGCCCCGGAAGCGAACGGGCUCCUUCACAAUGCCCAGCGACACAGAGACCUCCACGCCCAGGUCUGGCUUCUCUAAUCGUAGUAUGGAAUUCAGCAACUCAGUUCGCAAGUCAGUUGCAGCGGAGGCCAAGCCCACAGCCAAGAAGACUCCAGGGGCAGGGGUAAAGCAGCCUGUCUCCAGGGGCCGGUCGAGCAGUGCUAGGUAUUCCAGUGCUACAUCCAGCUCCAGACGGCGCCAGAAGGGCUCUGAUUAUAUCUCUACAUCAGACGAGGAGUAUGAGUCCAGUCAUACUUCCCCAAAACACAAACGCUCCCAUGCUUCAACAGCCACACAGACCUCCAGGGCUCAGGCUGUUGAGAGGCGCAAAGUGCAGUCCAGAGAGACUGAGGAGGAGGAGGAGGGUGAAGAGGCUGACCCCUAUCAACACUGGUCAUCGCACAGCGCAGAGAUAGCAAAGCUGAGUCAGGACUUGGCUAAAGACCUGGCGAUCCUGGCCCGGGAGAUCCAUGACGUGGCUGGAGACGGAGACUCCCAGAGCUCUUCCGGCACUGGGCCCAGUACCUCCCUCAGCUCUGCACCCAACACCCCCGCAUCAACCAUGUCAGCCAGAGAAGAGACUGCAUUGCCAUCAUCACAAGCAACCCUUUCAUCACAGCUGGUCCAGCACAUUCCCGAAGCCAGCUUAAACUUUCAGAAAGUCCCACCUGGUUCAACAGGGCUCAAGAAGGAACUCGACCAAAACAUGAAUGACCACGACUUGAAACGUCGCUCCUGGAGUAGAGAAGAGGUCAUUUUGGACAACCUGAUGCUAAACCCUGUGUCGCAACUCUCCCAAGCCAUUCGAGAAAACACAGAGCAAUUAGCGGAGAAGAUGAAGAUUCUCUUUCAGAACAGAACAGGAAACUGGGAGGAUAUUGAAGCAAAAAUGUAUUCUGAAAACGAAGUGCCGAUUUUGAAGACGUCAAACAAGGAGAUCACGUCGAUUCUGAAGGAGCUGAGAAGAGUUCAGAAGCAGUUAGAAGUAAUCAACACUAUCAUUGACCCCAGCGGAAACACUGACCUGGGAUCCAGAGCCUUCUCGAUUGGGGCUCCCCCAGCCAGCGCAAGAUGCAGGACUGACCACAGUGGGAGUGCUCCUCGGGACUCCAGGUCUCCUGCACAGCGAGGGAGCUGCCCGUCCUCGAAUGCCAACACCAGGGGAAAGAGGGAGGCAAAUUAUCACUGUGGGCAGCACAUAUUCAGCAUAGAGGCCAGUUUGGAGAGCGGUAGCUUGACAAAUCCUGUGGAAGACAGGUAUUGUAGUGCCAUAUCAAUGUUAUUUUUUCAUUCUUUAUUAAGGAACAAGAAAUUAAAAAAACGGAAAGCAUGCAAUCCAAAGUGACCCGCUACAUUACUGUGUUGUGCGACCACUUCUUACUGUUACCAUAACCAGAAUGACCAAGUUUUGCUCCUUUACAGUAGUCAGUCUCCCCGUUGCCAUUGUAGAAUUUUAGCCAAAACAAUAUAGAUUUUGGGUGGCCAUUUUUGUAUAAACUAAAAGAAAUAUCAGAUUUAGCAUAUUUAUACAUGUACAGUGUCCUGAAGGGACCCCCUAUCCUUCCUAUCUCCAAAUAAUUGACAGUUUUUUUUUUUUGUUUUUUUUUUAAAUGUCUCUGUCUUACAAAAACAGCUGGACUCCAAAAUGUUUUCCAUUUACUACAAAUGAUAAAUAACUGGGGUUGGAACAUGUAACCCCAUGGUAUCCGUGAAUACUGCAGAUCAUCAUCCCCUCUCCAAAAAUAGACAAAAGACAUUUAUUUUUAAAUUAUUGCCAAGUUAUUUUUAUUCAAUACAUUUUGCAAAAACAAACUCUUAAUGGAAGCAAAUCUCUUCUGUGUGGCACAACUGCUGCUCUCAGCCUGAAGCAGUGCCACAGAUUUCUGUUUAAUGAACAUCUUCAGCUGUCUGUUAGUCUGUAGCACAGUGCCAUCUGCUGUAUGGAACUUGAAUCUGUUAACAAAGAGGCUUUUUAAGUUGUUGCUGGUGGGCGGCUGUAUCAAUUACAGAGGUGGUUUUCUGUUAUCUUAAUCCACUUGGUGGCUUACUUAAAUCACAAGCAGUCUGUCUUGUAUAAAAUAAAUUGAACAUAAUGGUAUAAUUUUAUUUAGCACACAGCCUAAUAAAAUGCAAACCGCAAAAUAAAUAGGGAAACACUGUUACCGACAACAACCACUUUCAAAUAGUCCUGAAUUGAUUCCUCUUUCGUUAUCUUUGAGUCUCUGAGGGUUGACACAAAUGUAUUGGACAAAGUUUGGUUAAUCCCACAUCCCACUUAGACAUACUGGUUAGCUUUGGAAAAACAUGGUUAAUAAAUAAAAAGUGUACUGUUUGCAAAGACAGCACUGUUCAGUUGUCUUUGUGUCUUAAACAGGGCAUAUGAAGUAAUUUGAUAUGGAACACUUUUCUGGAGUCUUUGUGGCUUGGGGAGGGAGGGAGUUGAACAGUGACAGAAAUGUUUAAAACGUCCGGUAUAGAAAGUUAAUAACUGGCGCAACUUAAGCACUAAUACAUUUGUAAAACCAGUUGAUGCAGUCAUACAGGGGAAAGUGGUUCAGCACUAUUUGUUCUUUGCACGGCUCAUGAUUGAGUCAUCCUUUAAUAAAAUAAAAAUGAUGGAAAGACGACUACGACAGGGUUUAAGGAGACAGUGUUUAGACAUGAAACUGCUCAGAUCAUUAAAGUAGACCCCAGAAUAACAAAGCUCACUUCACAGUACUAUGGCUAAUAACAGUAAAGUCUUAAACACUGACAAUACAUCCUAUUACAGAACAUCCAUCGUGCAGCUAUUAUCUACUUGACAUUGCAUAGCAUACAAGCUACUCUUUGGAUGUUCCUUCCAUAUGGUUCCAAAGUAUUGUAGUUUUAGUUAAGUUAGGUGCUACGGUUCAGUGGACGUAGUUUGUGUUAAUUUCAUGACUUUUUUUUUUAAGUACGUAUUUAGUUUAAAUUGAAGGUAUUCUGUUACAGCCCUGUAAUACUGAAAAAUGUUGUUUUGAUGAAUGUCUUUUAAAAACCGAAGGGCACCGUUUUCUAUCUUGUUGCUCAAAUACAGCGCAGUUUGCCCACCUGAAAUGUGUCACCCAUAAGAGCAUGAAGCCAAAGAGCAAACGUGAUGCUACCGGCCGUUUUCUGCCUUAAACCCAGCAGUAUUCUUGGUAGUUGAGAACAUAUUUAAUUUAUGUUGCACUUAGCUGUUGCCAGUUUCCUUUUCCUAACUCUCCCUUGGAUCGUUCUUUUUUACUCCUGUGCAGUAUGUCAUCUGCUCCAUUAUUUAAAAUAUAAAAAAAAAUGAAAAGGAACAGAUUCCCUUUCUCAAAGACUAAGUAGCUUCACGUGUCAUUUUGAUGGUCUCUUUAUAUUUACUUUACUAUAGUAUAGUGCUUGUAAUUCAUGGAGUGAUUCUGGGUUUUGUUUGCAGUUUUGUCAAAAUCUGCCUUUUAACUAAUUUCAGCCUGUCUGGGGAAUCCUAAAUGCUGGGACUCUGCAGCAUUUCUCAUUCUAUUCAUGUAGCAAAGAGACCUUUCAACUCAGCAGCUCUGCCUACUUAAAUAUAGAUCAAGAGAGUAGGUGGGGUUGGCAGAGUUGAAAAGUGACAUGAGUCGGGUAAAGGCAGAUUAUGAGAAACUAUAACUUGAUACUGCAGCAACACAACCAGAUCCACUCAGAAUGACUAUCACCAUAAAAUAGAAAAUCUAAAAAAGCAAUUGAAAUGAAAUUUAAGCUGUUGGCUCUAUUCAUUUUUUACAUGCUUCCCUUAGCGACCAUGCGUAAUUAAAAGUGGGAGGAAGCUAGUAUGACUGGAGCUAAAACUACUUUAAGGGAAUGUUAACAAACUGCAAAGCAAACCAGGCCUGGGGAGUGCAGAGGAUAUCCUUCUUUAGAAUGAUGUAGAAAACAUUGGAAUUGGAUUAUAAAACUGACCGCGAUUGCAGUUUCUAACAGGUCCGUAAUUGUCAUGGUUCUUAAGUUAAGAAUUUUACGGGUGUAUGAAUAGUGGAUGUGUUAGUAAUUUUAAAGUGGAGUCCCCAUCCCUUGUAUGUCCUAUUGUGCUGUUCCUUUGUUUAUCAGGUGUAUGGAAUGUAAAUGUGUAGGAGUAUGUUACAUAUUAAGUAUUUUGAUUACUCUUCUGUUUAUUAUCUGCACUACAUGAUUUGAAAGCCGCUGGAUACUUCAGUAAUCCAUGUGUUGAACUGCACUGCAAAUAGUCUUAGAUCACCAAAUGUGCACUUCCAUGUGGCAGACACCCUGCUGUGUAACCAUAACCAACAAAACUGUUCAAUAUCACAUGGACCUCAGUUAGAAAUAGAGCAUUGGUUUGUAGGGUGUGGUUUAAAUAGAAGUGAACUUCCACAGUGUAAUGUGUAACUCAGUACUUGCAGCAUAGUAUGUGUAUAUAUUGUUUGUGUUUAAGGGUAUACUGGAUUAUUAUUUUUAAUUCAUUUUAAACAUUAGAGAAUGUAUACUCUGUCUAUUCUGCUGCCCUGUGCUGAACUGUGUCCAUCUGAACAACUUAUUGCUCUGAUGUGGCUGCUGCUACUACCAAUGUGAGACGUCUUCACUUGUUCCUGGAUUAAAUCUAAGUGACGGCGCUGCCAUAGCCAUUAUAAAGAAUAGCUAUGGCACCUCCAUAAACUUUGAUUUCAUUCAAGCGUGGGUCAUUGUUUUUGUUUUUUCCUGCAUGUAACAUACAUGUAAGCUGUAUACAACAAAAAAAAAUUAAACUGGACACUAUCACUUGAAGUCUGUGGAGAAAAAACAAAAAACCAAAACACAACUGGUUACCAUGACUACCUGCAUAUCCAUCAGUUUAUUCCUCACAUAUGUUUUCUUCCAUGAACAAUCUAAUUUAUUCGUAUUCCUAAGUUCUUCCUGUUUUUUGUUAGUUUUAUUUUUGUUGUACUUUUUGAAAAAAAAAAAUCUGUUGAGAGGUUGUUCAUAUCACUGUAUGCAUUAUUUGAGUAUGUAUUUAAUUUUAUUAUGACAAACUGAUUUUAAUAAACUGUGCUCGAUCACUGGC